GUAAGCAAAUGUCAUGCUCAGACGCAAACGACCGUAACGUUAACAACAACAAAGGAUGGAGAAUAAAUGAAGUUUGAAACUUGCUUUGUGCCUUACGUCCACUUACGAUGGCAGUGUUUUGUUAACCAUACGAUGCCUCGUUGGAUUAAAAGUAAUGUUACAAAUGGUUUUAAAUCGGGAAUGAACGAUUCAAGCCAAAGCUACAAACCGUGAAGGUGGUUUAAUCGCAACAUAUUAAAAUGAUUCGCAUAGCAGCGCUGAAUGCUGCUUCGACAGCUGCAGAUGAGUCUCAAGACCCCUUGAGAAGUAACAAGAGUCGGACAAAAGAGGCUCAGGAAGCUGAGGCAUUUGCUUUAUAUCACAAAGCUUUAGAUCUGCAAAAACAUGAUAAGUUUGAGGAGUCUGCCAAGGCAUAUCAUGAGCUUCUCAAAACUCCACUUCUCAAAGAGGCCAUGCCCUCGGAUGAUCACAAAGUGGGUCUCAAGCAUCCUGGGCUAAUGCUGAAAUAUUCUACUUUUAAAAACUUGGCUACUAUGUCUGCAUUGCGAGAUGACCUAGAGACAGCUAUGGAGUUCUAUUUGGAGGCAGUUAUUUUGGAUUCCACUGACGUAAACAUGUGGUACAAAAUCGGUCAGGUGGCUGUGCGACUUGUGCGCAUUCCACUUGCCCGACAUGCCUUUGAGGAGGGAUUGCACUGUAACCCAGACCACUGGCCCUGCCUGGACAACCUCAUAACUAUUCUCUACACACUCAGUGACUACACAUGUUGUUUGUACUUCAUCGCAAAGGCCCUAGAGAGGGAUCAUUGUUACACUAAAGGCCUGGUGUUGAAGGAGAAAAUCUUUGAGGAACAGCCCUGCCUGAAGAGGGACACAAUGCAGAUGUUCAUGAAAUGUGAUAUGUCUAUACACUAUGUGGAAGUGGAAAUGGAGGAAUGCAAAUCCAUUGUGGAAGAGGCGCUGGAGUUACGGAAGCGCCGACAUGCUCUCUCUCACUGUGAACCAAAACCAGACCUUGUCCUGAUUCAGCCCAUCCGAUGCCUCUCAUGGAAGCAUGUGGGUGAAAGCCUUCUUGCGAUGUACAGACAUCAGACCACAUGUGAGUCCCCACGCCCGAGUCUUGGCCGCAGAAUUGACUUAUCGGAGUACCGUGACCCAAACUUCCUCCAGAACCUCCCCCAGCCCAGCAGCCCUGUCAGUAUGGUCCAGCCAACCGUGCUGAGCAGCAGCCCCAGCUCUUCCCUGCCACCAAUGACCCUCCCUGAGCCGGCAGUGCUGCCCCAACCCAGCGCUCAGCCUCAGAUAACCCCUGCCCACACCACCGUGGAGGUCACCACUUCUCUGCCCGUUGUUGCUACAGCCAUGGAAGUUUCAAUGGCAGAUAAAGUAAAGAAAGCUCCGAAGAGGAAACGCGUGGCAGUAGAAGAUAGUGGGGAGACAGCCAAGCGACGCUCGGCACGUGUUCGAAACACAAAGUGCAAGAAGGAAGAGAAGAUUGAUUUUCAGGAACUGCUUUUUAAAUACCUACCUUCAAGGUUAAAGAAGUUUGAUCCUGAUAAUGAUGAUGAGAGUCUGAGUAAUCCUGAGACACAGUGUGAUGGGAAGGAGGACAUGCAGCCUUUACAUGGGAGUUGCCUGCCUGCUGAAUCCGUUGAAUACAUGGAAAAUGAACAACAGGAUGUCCACAACUUCCUGCUCAAUAACAUGACCAACGGUGGUAUACUAGAUGUGAUGAUGCGCUAUCUGAAGGCAGUGGGUCAGAAGUUUACGAUGGAGUGGCCCCAGGGCCUGACUGCUGUGGUACUGGAGGUCUAUACGACCUGGAGGAAGCACAGCGGGGGUCUCCCUAAUCCUCUCCUUCGGGACUGCAGCAACAAACACAUCCGGGAAAUGUUGGAGAUGAGCUUAGCGUCUAUGGAGUUGCAGUUGGAGCAAUGGGUACACACCAAAGCAAAGACUGUGUCUACAAGAAGAAGCAGCAUUUGUCCCGGCAGUGAUGCAGCUGACUCAGAGUUCCCCGGGCAGCACUUCCAAAACGAUUUGUUACUUCUAGCCUUAGGUUCAUCCCAGAGAGAGUUGUUCGAGGAAGACUGGCUGGAUGUCAUGGUGCGUGUCUACUGGCUCAAGGCACGAUUCUUGGCCCUGCAGGGAGACAUGGAGUUAGCCCUGGAGAGCUAUGAUAUGUGUGUAGGUCUGUUGCAGAGCAAACCAAAGACUCCUGAAGGGAAACCUUAUACCAUCAGCCUGCCUAACCUACGUGUAGAUGCAGCGAUCUCUGUGGAGGAGAUUGACAAGAGGCUGAAGUCUCUGGAGCGUUGUCAGUCUUUGGAGGAGAUCCAGCGUCUCUUUGAGUCUGGAGACUUUGAUUCUGUCGUGCGCCUGCUGCAGCCCACUCUUAACUACGGCGGCAGGAGUAAACCUCUGGAGUUUGUGAGCUCAGCACCAGAGCGGCCUGCCCAGCUGAUGCUGCUGCAGAACUCGCUGUUGAAGCUUGAGGACUACCAGCAGUGUUUGGAGUACAGCGAGCUGGCUUUGAAUGAAGCCCUGCAGCAGCUCAACUCUGCUCCGAACAACUCGUCCCCCAGUAAGGAGGAGUGGGUCAGUACUAUCGGGAAGCUGCUGGACGGCACCGAGGUCUGCUUUGUCAAAGACACAGAGAUUCUAAGCCGUAUCCCUCACUUCUCUAGCAUGGCUCGACUGGCAAACAAUCUAAUUCAGCUGAUCGACAUGAGCAUGAACAUUUCCGACGAUCCCAAGGACCCUUAUUUCUUCUCGGUCCUGCCUUGGAUUAUCCUGUAUCGCAUUAUCAAACAUGAGGAGGCUGCUUUCGACUGCAUGCUAAAACAGCAUAUAUCUGUAGGGGAUGAUGAAGAUGACUUAGACACUCCCAUGCUGCCCUCCUCCCUGAUGCUGCUGAACACGGCCCAUGAGUAUCUCGGCCGUCGCUCCAUGUGCUGUAACUCAGACGGCGCACUGCUUAAGUUCUAUGUUCAAGUUUUGAAAAAAGAGGUUGCAGCCUCUUCCAGCAACGACUCUCACCCCUACAAAGAAGAGCUGGAGAUGGCCCUGGAGCAGUCCCUUUUCUGCCUGUAUGCUUACCCCAGUAAGAAGAGCAAGGCCCGCUACCUCGAGGAUCAUUCAUCUCCACAGGUUGAGUUGCUGUGGUGUGAUGCGCUCUUCAUGUUCCAGUAUUUCAAACCCAAGUCACUGCCUGAGUUUGACAGCUAUAAGACAAGCACAGUGUCUGCUGAAUUGGCCAAUCUGCUGAGGAGGUUCGCUGGUAUCGCCCCCACCAGCGACACCCCCGUCCUCACAAUGGAUGAAGUGGCAGCCUACAUCGAGGGCAUGGCAGAAAAGGCCCCAUGUCUUCCUGAGGGUAGUGCUCCUGCUCCUCCAAUCAUUGAUGAGAUGUACUACCUGCUGGCUGAUUACCAUUUCAAGAACAAGGAGCAGUCCAAAGCCAUCAAGUUCUACAUGCAUGACAUCUGCGUGUGUCCCAACAGGUUUGACUCCUGGGCCGGAAUGGCUUUAGCUAGGGCCAGCCGCAUUCAGGAAAAGCUCAACUCCAAUGAGCUGAAAAGUGAUGUUCCUAUAUGGAAACACUCUCAGGCAGUGCUUCACUGCUUUAAGAGGGCCCUGGAAAUAGACAGCUCCAACCUGUCUCUGUGGAUCGAGUACGGCACCAUCUCUUAUGCGCUACAUACAUUUGCUUCUCGUCAGCUCAAGCAGUGGCGCAACGAGCUCCCCCCAGAGGUGGUUAAGCAGAUGGAAGAAAGGAGAGACUCCAUGUUGCAAGAAGCCUCCCAGUGUUUCCAGGGUGCUUCCCGUUGUGAGGGUGACAGUGAUGAGGAAGAAUGGCUCAUUCACUACAUGCUCGGAAAGAUAGCAGAGAAACGCAAACAGUCUCCAGUGGAAUAUCUGCAGCUUUACAAAAAGGCAGCAAACUAUCUGCAUGAGGAAGCUGCAAGGUACCCCCGGAAAAUCCAUUACCAUAAUCCUCCUGACCUAGCCAUGGAGGCCCUGGAGUUGCAUUUCCGGCUCAGUACCACCACCCUUAAACUAUUAGAGAGUGAUGUGUCUGAUCUGGACCACGAGCUCCUGUUCAAUUUGUUAGUUGAGGCCGCUACCGGGCCAUUUGCCAGGGGGGAAGAGAAGAGUAUGCCGAGCAUGCCUAGGUCCCUUGAAAAGGAGAAACCCCCCUCCAUGACGGAUGAAGACUUUAAUUGCUCGUCAGUUUGCAUAGGGAACGUCCUCAGCUCCUCCCAUCCCUCCGCUGCCACCCCAGGUCUGACAUCCCCUCCUUACGUGGCCACGCCGUUUGACCAUGAUUACGCCAAACGCAAAACACUCCGACGGCAGCAGUGGCAGCAGCAGCGGCAUGAGGAGCAGCAGGCCGAUGCCUCACCAGAGUUUGACCAUGAUUACUGCCUGCCCAGGUCUUCAAUGUGGCUGGCUUCCCUGAAUGAGCGCAGUCAGGACAGUGAAGUGGUGAUGCUCUCUGACUCCAACUCCACCCAGGAUGCCUUCACUGACCCUGCCAUCCAAGACAGCAGCCACAAACCUGCUUCCGGUAAAGCCAGCUCAUCGUCAUCAGAGAGUACGACCCCAGUGAAGGACGGGCAGUUUGCAUCAGAGGACACAGCAUCACAUGGAGAACAUUCUGGCAUCCAGACGGAGGAGAAAGUUAUCCAGGAAGUAGUAGAAGCGGUGGUGGUGACACUCCCCGAGUCUUCUGCCGCCAAGGUCUCUGCAGAUCCCGGUUCCCAUCCUCUUCUUGUCCCAGCCACCCCUCCAAAGCCACCCCACUCUCAACAAUCUGCUCCUCAAACCCCAGCCAGUGAGGGGAAGAGGAAGCCAGAGCCUCCCCUUGAGGUGAUCGAAGUUCCCAAGGCCCUGCCCACAGAUCGUGGCGACCAAAGACGAAUGCUGGUAGAAAUGUGUGUCCGAUCUCUGUUCCUCUGCCUCGGACGCUUCCCUCAGCACUACAAGAGUCUCUACCGCCUGGCAUUCUUCUACCACAACAGCAAGACACAUCAGAACCUACAGUGGGCCCGAGAUGUGUUGCUAGGAAGCAGUGUCCCAUGGCAACAGCUGAAGCACAUGCCAGCACAAGGACUUUUCUGUGAAAGAAACAAGACAAACCUUUUCAAUGGCAUCUGGCGUAUUCCAGUAGAUGAGAUUGAUCGCCCCGGAAGUUUUGCAUCUCAUAUGAACCGAUCCAUUGUCCUCUUGCUGAAGGUGCUGUUUCAGCUUAAGGAUCACGACACUCUGGUGAAAGUCUCUUUCAUGUUGCAGAGAACCCCUGACCAGGGAAAGAAGUAUUUACGAGAUGUUGAUCGCCAGGUUUUGGCCAAGAGAGCAUUUUUCCUAACUGUAAAAGUGUUGGAGGACAAUCUGAACAGUCUCUCAGGGGUGUCUGAGCAGCUUCACAAAGCGCCUGCGCCCUCCAUGGGGGAGAUGACCACAACGGACGCAUCCAACAGGCCCAGUUCUGAGGACAGCAAGCAUGCACUGCCUAAGAAGCCUGGGCUCACUGAGGGAACCUGUGCCACUGAGACAGGGCCCAGGGAAGCCUCCCAGGCACAACUCCCCACUCCACCGCCAUCAUUAGAUAAAGGGAGUAAAGUUCAGGAGAUCUACCCCGGGAAGGUGGAGACUGCUGGGAGUGAGGGACACAAAGCAGGGCCAGAGGAACCCAUGGAGCUGGACACUAGCCUCUGGAGGAAACCCUCUGUUACCACAGACUCUCAGGGCAAUCAAACAGAGGCAGAGACCUCUCUGAGUGCCGUGGAGCCCUCGCACAAAGUGACUGACAGCAGCCGGACACCAGAGCUGUCUCUAGAGGAACUAAGUAUCAGUUCCAGGCAGCAGCAGCUCCAAGCUUCAUUACCCAAGGUCACCGUGGCAGCGGUUGGGACGGAUCAGGGGCUACUACGAAGGCCAAACAGGAAAAGGAAGCUUCUUGACGAUGUGGAGUCUGGAAAAACUUUACUGCUUGAUGCUUACAGAGUGUGGCAGCAAGGCCAGAAAGUCAUGACUUACGACCUGCAACGCAUCGAGAAGAUCAUGUCAGAGACUUAUAUGCUCAUAAAACAGGUUGAUGAGGAUGUAGCUCUGGACCAAGCUGUGAAGUUCUGCCAGAUACAGAUGGCCUCUUCUGCCCAACGACAGUCUGCCGGCGAUGCCCCCACCACACCCAAGUACAACAAGGAUCACCGAGACCUGUUCUUCCCCACCUCCCUGCCGACCCCCGUCCUGCUCAGCCACCCCGGCUGCCACCCGCUGUCCACCCCGGAGGGCCCGGCCAAAGUGUUGUACGAGCCGCUCAGCAAGCUGUCCAGACCUCAAGCCCCGGGCUUCCACGGCCAGCUGCCGCUCAGGAGAGCCGUGAGCCACCCGGCUGCAGCCAUGGCCUUCCUACCACACACAGAGGAGCGGGAGGAGCCCUCAGAGGGACUUUCGUACCGGCAGCAGGAGUCGCACCUUUGUCAGCAGAUGAAACUCGCCACUGUAUCCCAGGAACAAGAGUCCGCAGCAAGAUGGUUCCAGGAGGAAACCGCCACAUGUAGCACCGCACAACCCUGCCCAGACCAGCUGCAGUUUGCCGGCGAUGAGCAGUCAAAACUUCCAGACCGAAUCCGCUCCCGUGUUCCAGCCAACAUGCCAAAGCUUUUCAUCCCUUCCACUGUCACCAAGUUCCCACCAGAGAUCACAGUCACACCUCCCACACCCACCCUGCUCUCCCCCAAAGGCAGCAUCUCAGAGGAAACCAAACAAAGACUUAAGAACGUCAUCCUGUCAUCUCAGUCUGCAGCCACAGUCAAGAAGGACACCCUGAGCCAGCCGGCGCUGGAGGUGCAGGAGACAUCCAGCCAGGAGUCGUCUCUGGAGAGCGAGUCGGACGAAGAGGACGAUUACAUGGACAUCUGAGCCUCUGAGGGCCUUGUGUGCACGCUCAAACUGACAUUUUGUCGCUAACCUGGCGUCACUCUGCCAAACCCUGUGCCCCCUGUCUUAAAAGAAAAUGGUACAUGUCACCGCAGCUGUUGCUUCGCCACAUGCAUCUUGAAAAAAGCACUCCCAAACUGCAGUAUUUUCUUCGACCUGUCGUGUCAUAUACAUCUCUGUCGCGGUGUAAACAGCAGACGGCGAAGGCUUUAGCAUGUCUGUAAUGUGCCAUUUAUGCAUAUCACACAUUCACUUAUCGAGCUCCCCUUCACCCCACCGUACUCUGGAUAUGGCGAAAAAGACUUUUAGCCUUUAAAGUCAAGCAGCCCCGUGUUUAUGCAUCUUUCUUUUUUUAUGCUGGGUGCUAACCGUAUCUCCAAGCAGCAGCUAAAUCCUCGUCUGAGAAACCACCAAUCUGAGCUGCCUCCGUCUGGACGCUUUGCAGCUCUUUAAUCACUUACUUUGACAUGAGAAUUUCAUCGUUCAGACACUUUGCGUUGGUACAUAAUAUAUUCCAAUGAACACAAAGGGUGAAAUAAGGACAAUCGGCUGCAUUCGAGGGCCUCACAACCUGUAGCAGAUUGGAAAUGUUUACACUUUGGGAUGUCUUUCAGUUAGCACUAAACAUUGUGCUACUGUUUUGUAUUGUUGUAAUAUUUAGUCCUAUAUAUUUUUCUUGAGUGUGCAUUUGUAGCUAAAAGGAGGACGUCUUGUCACCAGCACUGAUCUGAAUGAUAUGGAAAGGGGUUUCACUUAUUGAGAGUGUACAUAUCACAAUCCAAAUAUCCUUUUCCAAUUCACUUGGCUUUAAUGGGUGGAGUAUUAAGCUGGAGAAGAGUGUGUAUGUGUGAGAGUGUAGACAUUAAGGCGAGUGUCGUUCCAAUUCCAGUGACUCAGAAGCGCCUCUGAACUGUCCUGAUCUCAGUGGAAUUGAAACGCCUGCCGAGGAAGACUUCCUGAUACAGAUGCCUUUCCAUUAAAACCAUUUUGGUAAAUUUGUCACAAUUCUAGCUUAACUCAGAGGAAGACAACAGAAUGUUUUUUACAGAUUGUUUUCUAUAAAAAAAGGAAGAUGUUUACUGAUUAUGUUUCUUGAAAGCUGUCUUAAGAUAAUUUUUUUAAAGGACACAAAGGAAUUAUUGUAAACUGUCACCCUUGGAAAAAAAAGUAUUUUGUAUUUUAUUUUGUUGUUUUUUUGAUGUAAUAUAGUUUUCUAUUGUUCUUCUGGGAAUGUACCACGCCUGAAGAGUGAGCGGGGCGAGUCUCAGGAGGGGAACUGUUCUGUGUCUGAACUAAAUGCAUUAUAGAUGUCAAACCAAAAAUAUAUUUAAGAAAUGCAAAAAUUGGUCCUGUGUGCUACUUCAAAUACUUUCCACAUGGGUCCUUACAUCAGGUAAGAUGUAUCUCAGUAAACUCCGAAAAAUAAUUCACUAUCUGUAAAAGAAUAAGUACAACCAUUUGGGAAAUAUCAACGGGAGGAAUUUAAAGAAAUAUUAAAGUGGAAGAUACAUUUAAAAAAUAAUGUAUGUAUUCCUUUUGAUGUUUUUAUUUGUAUAUUUAAGACUCAUGGUUUUUUGUAUGAAAUAUAUUUGUUAUAAUAAGACUUAA